AUGGCCAGUGUUUUUGAACAACGGAAAUCCACUAAGGUUACCUUGGAUGACACAAUACCUCUGUCGUGUACGAUAGAAACCGCACAGAAGAAAGAGGAUCACAUUGAGUAUAUUAUCCGCGUACAAAGAGGCCCACUCAGGGAUCACUCAUGGCAGAUUAAAAAGCGCUACAGUGACUUUGAAAAACUUGAUUCACAGCUAAAAUUCACAAACAUUGACCUGCCACUGCCUCCAAAGAAAGUAUUUGGCAAUUUUGACAGAGAUUUUAUUGCUGAAAGACAGAAUGGUUUACAGAGUUAUUUAAAUGCCAUAGUCAGCAUUCCUGUGAUUUCCAGAAGCUUGAUUGUUAAAAAGUUUCUAGACAGUAACAAUUAUUCAUCCAAUUUCAUAGAAAUAGCCCUUCAGCACGUGUCUAUGCUCUUCCGAUCAGAACCAAAAUGGGAUGUUAUAGAGCCAUUGCCAGACUUAGGAUGGAGAAUACGAAAGCAGUAUAUUCUGGUGAAGCCACUGGCACAGCCAAAAAUGCAGCAAGUGCUUUUAUGGGUUGAGUUUGGACCUGACAUGUAUUUGCCUCUGAAGGAGCUGAGUGCUAUUGUUAACAUGCUGCCAUCCAUCAAGCAUCCAUACAUCUUCCCCACUACCUUUGCAACAGCAAAUGAAAAUGGAUGCAUGACCAUCCGUGACUUUGUUGAAAGAGGAUCUCUUCGAGACGUUAUUUGUAAAUGCAAGCCUAAAGGAACAUAUUUAAAUAAAUACUCAAAUCCCAAGACAGUUUUGCAGUUAGAUUUUGAAACAGUUAAAACUUUUGGGAGACAGAUUUUAGAAGCUCUCAAGUUCCUGCAAGAAAAAGGAUUUCCUUAUGGUCAUCUUCAUGCUGGAAAUGUCAUGGUUGUUAACAAUACCUGUCAGUUGACUGACCUAGAAAACAGCAUCAUUGGACUGCCAGGAUACUAUAGAGCUUUCUGCACAGAGUUGAAGAAAGUACAAACAUUAGAUGCUGUUGAUGUAUAUACCUUUGGACACUUGAUGUACGAAAUGGUUUUCGGUACUCAGCUGGCAACACCUACCUGUGAUAAAUUCCCUGUCUCAUGUCCGGCAGAAAUCCGAUCUGUCUUAGAGUCCAUUUUAACCACCGAGGCCUGCAAGAAUGGUUUACCAACUAUUGCCAACUUGCUGCUUCAUCCGUUAUUCUCCAGUGUUACUCUGCCAUCUUUUGUUACCCGACCAGUUCUGAAGAUUCCAAGCAAACUCAAGGAAUUUGUGAAGUCCUCCAGAGAGGAGAUUGAAAGCAGAUUAAAAAGUGAUAAGAAACUUCUGAAACAGGUGGUGAGACUGUCAAAGGCUAAGGAAUUUCAUAUGUCUGAAGAAGAAAAGAAGAAGCGGAGAAGAAUGAGGAGGAAAGAAAAUGGUGAUGUAGAACCAAGGUCACCCACAACACCUGUGACACCGACAACACCUUUUUUUUCAUCACAGUUAUCAUCGCCAGCAACACCAGCCCCAAAUG